AUGUUGACUUUAGCAGAAACUGAGCAUCAAGAAAUAAUUAACAAAUUUGGCGGAGAAUUUGAAUUUCGAAUCGGGACAAUUGAUACAGAAGAUAUAGAUUUUACAAAUGAGGCAACCAUAAAAUUUGCUGAGAGUAAAGAAACAUUUGAAAUUAAUUAUAAUGAACAAAAAGGGGUAGAGGGUCCAUUAAAAUUAACAGGACAUUUGGUUGAAGAUAGUCAUAAUAAUACUUAUGAUUCGGAAGCCAUUAAAAAAUGUUUAAUGAUUUUUGAUGAGGAAACAAAUACAUGGUCAUUAGAAAUGGUGGGAUCUAGUUAUCAUGUUAGUAAAGGCGAGUUUGAUAAUUUUGAAACAUCUAGUGAACUGCAAGAAUUUGCUAAAGAAUUUGAUUUCACUAUGAGACAAUCAUCUGAAGAUGAUGGAAUGGUCGAAGAAGUAGAGUAUAAUUACAAUUCAGCUUCAUCUGAUAAUAGUAGCAGUGGUGGUAAUUCUGGGGAUUCAGUAUUAGAUUCUGAAUUUGCUGAACUUGCAACAAUGAUGAAAACUUCGUUGAAUCAAGAAAAUGGAAUCAAUAAUUUAAAUCGUCCUGUGUCAUUGGAACAAUAUUUGGGUGGUGGAGUGGCAGGGUUUAAAUCUUCACCCCAAUCUGCUUUCCUUCUACGUGAUGAUGAUAAAGAAGAGUUUGUUAUUGUUGGUGAUCCAAAGUCCAUUAAUGGUUCUAUGGAACUAAGAUUCAUCCCUAUUGGGAAAAAUGGAGGUAAAUCUUGUUCAAGAGAAUAUGUAUCAAAUGAUGGUAGUCGAUUAACUAAUGAAUCAAGUAUUUCAAAGACAGCUUUAGCUUUUUCAUCUGUAAAUCUAUUUUUUGAUGGAGAUCAUUGUGAUGUUCAUGUUCCUGUUGUUGGAGGUCAUAGUGGCAUGAUUAUUGUUCCACUAUUAUCUAAAAUUUCAUCACCUUAUAAUUUCACACAAGAUCAAAUUUUUUCACUAACAAAUCAUAUUCAAUUUGGUGGUGAUGAAGUUGUUAAAGCAAAAGAUAAUACUGGAUCUGCAACUCUUUCUAUGGCAUACACUAUUAAUCUUGAUGCUGAUCAGAGAAGGUAG